CCAUCACGAACGUACGCGAGCGCUCGGCGCGCGAUGGGCGCCGGAUACGAACGCUGACUGCCUGUCGCUGUCGGACGUGUCGCCGCGACUACCUCGGACGGGACUCCGCUCGUCGCCGAUCUAAAUCGCGAGAGACUCCGGCGAGAGAAUUCCGCGCGACGGAUAUACGCGCGUCCUUGGGAACGACGCGGAAAGGGAUUCUAAGGGGCUAAACGACACGCGCAACCUGCUGCUGUUGUUGCUAUUAUAGUACUCCGGUGUAAACGAUAUAUAGAAAGAUACGUAGCGACAGAGAAAUCUUCUCUCGUGCACACGUGGGGGUUAAAUCUUUCGAGAUAAAACGUAAGGAAAGAACUUGCGGCAGCGGUUUAUGGAAUCAGGAGAACGCUCGAUGGAUCCGCCCGGAAUCUCGCGAACGGGAAUCCGCGUAUCUCACUUGCGCGAGCUCUCGCGAAGUUAAAGCGCUCCACAGUAGAGGGGCGGUUUUGGGAGGGGGAGAAAAAGCGCGCCGGGGGUCACCGACGGUAACUGGGACACCGCAGGCCGACGCGAUCCUAGUUUCGGGGACAGCGCGUCCCUUAACCUUCUCGGUGCUGAACACGCGUCAAAACUGAGAGUCGGAAAGUUUUACGAAGGAGAGAAGAUUAAAGGGGGGGAAAAAAACGAUCGUUCUUGGGACACGUUCUCGCCGUCGACUAAUCGUCAUUACUUCAUCGAUUUACGUAGAUGUUAAAUAAAUGUGAGUGAUAUAUCGCAAUCGUACGGAAUCUUUCCAUCCCUGCCGUUACUCUUAAAGCGGCGAGAAGAUUAAGACGUAUUUUAAGACUAAACGCACGUUCAGCACCGUCCGACACGCCGGAAUAAUUUAGAAGGCGACCGAUUACUGUACCUAGUACAGUGAAACAUUAAUGCGUUCGAUAAAAAAAACAAGUGCGUAUACACGCAUGUACAUACGGGUACACACAGACACGCACACAAACGCGGUACACCGCGCGGAUCUAUAUUAGAUACAUGUAUGUAUACAUGUUAAAAGUUUAUUUAAAUACAUCUUAGAUAAAUAUAUGUAUAUAUACAUAUAUAUAUAUAUAUAAAUAUACGUGUGUUAAAUCUUUUCAUAGAGAUCUAAAUAACGACGUUGACAAAUUACAUAUAGUAUAUCACGUUACGCGAUUCUCGAUAAUCAAAUAUCGAUAAUUCGACCGCACGGGAACUGUACUGUACACGUUGGAAAAAAUAAUACUCGAGAAAGAGAAGGAGCUCCUAGAGAAUUAUAAGAGUCAUACAACCGAGAAGCGCGUGCGAGGAAACGUGCGAGAAGCGAAGAAAAAACGUCACUCGCUCUCCUUACGAACGCAGUUACGCACUCACGAGGGCGGCGAACAGGGUGAAAGAGCGAGAGAGGAAGGAGAUACUUAAACACUUGUACCGUGAGACUCAAGCGGUCGUACAUGUGGUUACAUGUGCGUAACGAAUGCGUGAGUCGAAUACCUGAAACAAUCCUUAACGAUCGAAGCCGAUCGAAGAAACUGCCACGAAACAUUUGCCAAUUACGUUAACGGAAGAAGAAGGAGAGGAACUCUCUCACGGGACUCUCUCCCUAUUUCCUCGUCAAUGCGCGCAAGUACUCGCGCGAGUCCACGGUGCUCAAUUAGGCAUAUAAGUACAAAGACACGCGGGCGUGCAAAUUAUUUUUCUCGACCGAGGUGUGCAUCCCUAUACGUUAGUAAAUAAGCCGCAUCGAGUCUGUCCAAAAAACCAAACAAAAAAAAUCCCUGGGUGAGGAAACUUAGACGAUCCUCGAUCUACCUCAACGACUAUCGGCUCAGCCCUCACUUCCCUCGAACGUAUAUCCCACGGCAAGGAAUCCUUGAAGAACAAUCACAUAUUGCGAAUCUCGUCCAACUGAAAGUUCUAGAACUUAAAAUCUUCCAUCGACCCUCGAUUGCUAUCACUUCGCAAACUCGGAGCAAGCGUACCCCCUUUACACGAUCCGCCGCACAAAUUAUUUAAAGUCUAGUCUUCUCUCUAGUCGAACUCGAGAGACUUUUCGGCGGGUGCUUAAAAUUCCGUUGUUCGCGCUAUCGAUAACGAGUUUCGACGCCGUUAAGCAUGAGACACGUCGAAUGAAUUUGUAAGAUGAUUGAUGUAAGCAGACGCGCAGCCCUUGUGUGUUUUGAAUCGCACGAAAUCCCGAUCGUUGUUGGCGAAAUCCCCGAGCUCGUCGGGCGAUAGAUAGGACUCGAUAGUAAUCGUUACACACGCCGAGUCACCUGUCUUCGGGAUCGAUUGAAUGCGGACGAUUAGGGCCUCAAGUCGGCGGUUGAAUCGUGCGUGAUAACGCGUUGUGCAAAAAUUCGCAAACCAAGGAAGUGAUAUGCUCUAUCUCACGCGGGUGCGCGAACGUGAUAAUGCUGGCGGCGAGAGAUGGGAUUAGAGCGCCAAGAGGAAGAGAGAAGAAACAGCUGCACCGCGAGACGGAGAGAAGAAGCGGCACCAAGAAAGACGCACAGCCAUGUCAUGGGAGUCUAUCUCGUCCAGGGAUUACCUCGGCGGAUCGGCGAGUCAUCAGCUCUCGGCGACCGCGCUGUUGGGUAGCCCUGAUGGCUCGAGACAUCCACUCGACGUCUGCGAGUUCACCGAAGAGGAUUAUCGGCAUCAAAAUGGCAACGGUAAUAAUCACUACCAAAAUGGCAGGUCGGGUACUAGUAUAUGGGAGUGUCUCAUAAGCUGCAGAAAACGGCUCGAUCAACAAUUAGCACGAAGGAGGGUGGAGCAAGGCUUGAAAUUGUAUAGGGCUCAUAAACAACAAGCCGCGGUUAGGAAAUGGAGGGGCGCCUUGAAGAGUAUCAGACAUCGCGAGGAUAAAUUCGCUCUUCUCGGUUACUUGUAUCAGGCGUACAUGGAUUGGGGCAAAUACAGAGACAGUAUCGAAUUCGGUAACAAGCAAUUAUGCAUUUCCGAGGAGUUGGAUUCGCCGAACAUGCGGGCAGAAGCGUAUUUGAAUUUGGCCAGGGCUCACGAGAGAUUAGGCGCCCUGGAUAGAGCGUUAGAUUACGCUCGGCACAGCUUGUAUAACGAGUGUGAUCAGUGCGCGACUGCUGGAUUAGUUCACUUAACCGUAGGCAGAGUCCACUUAGAGCUAGCAGGAUUCUGUAAAGCCUUGGAAGCGUUUCAAAGAGCCCACAAAAUCGCCCACUCCAUUCAAGAUCCCUCCUUAGAACUGCAGGUGUACGUCGGUCUCUCGGAACUCUUCUGCAGAUUACAGGACGCGGACAAGAGCGCUAGAUACGCGGCGAGAGCUUACGAUCUCUCCAGAAGUUUACAGCUGGGAGAUCUGAAUUCGCGUCAUCACAGGGCAGCGUUAUUACAAAUGGCCGCGGCGCUCAGGAAAAAGGGCGAACUCGGCGAUGCUCAUGAUUACUGCUCGGAAGCAACGCGAUUAUCGCUGGUUUCUGGCGACCAGGCCAGUUACGCUCGAAGCAUCCGCAUAAUGGGGGACAUUUACAGAAAGAAGUCGGAUAUAAAUAUUGACAUUUUGCAGAAAGCGUUCCGACAGUACGAGAGCGCGAUGGGCUCGGCGGCCGCGACCGGCGAUCGACUGUGCCAGAUGGAAGCGAUGGACGGCGCGGCGAGAUGCCUGGAAGCUCUCAGGCUUCAGCACAAGAUAUGCAAUUGCAGACCCCUCGAGUUCAAUACUAGGCUUCUAGAAGUGGCGGGAUCGGUUGGCGCCAAGCUACUGGUGCGAACAGUCAGGUCCAGGUUGUCGAGAAUUUAUGGGUCUUUGGGAGAUGAGGAACAAAAGGGACAUUACGAGAGAUUGGCGACUGCGAUGGAAGAAGAUUUGGAGUUACGAUGCGGAAGCUGCAAUGAACCAUUCGGUCUGGAAGCUGAUUCCCUAGAAGCAUUACCUUGCUCCCAUAUAUUACACGCUCGAUGCGCAUACGACAUCUUGAAGAGACGUGACAAGAAGAAGAAACGUUUAUGCCCCGAUUGCCAUAAGUCUGUCAGUUCACGGCUGUACCUGCAUUGCGAAGAUCCUCACGGCAUGAAUACUCUAAAUCAUAGUUCCUUGAGCCUGGCGUCAUUGAGGGCCAGCAGCCUAGCAACACUUGAGGACUCUCAUGCGACGAGUAGUGUUUAAAAAAAUAAAAAAAAACAACACGCGACAGAUUUCGUUUAUUUUAACGCGUUGGUAUCCGCAUGCGAUUAGAUAAUUUUAAGGAAUUAUAAUGUGGAAGAUAAGAAAGCCAAAGGAAAGUAGUACGAUACAAAAAAAGAUUUAAUGGCAAUAAAAAAGUGCACGCCUCGAGA